CUCACGCUCAAUCUCUCUCUCAUAACCAGCAACUCCGGAACCUCACUUUUCAACUCCGCUGAUCGCAACUACUCCACACACAAACAUGACAUCCCAAUUAAUCACUCUCGGCGCCAUACGCGACGCGCUCAAGAAAUGCACAUCGCCCCACGCCGAGCCGUUCAUGUCGCUGCUCAAGAACGGCAAGAACUCGCCGUUGAAAUGCGCGAAGUCGGUAAAAGACCGCUUCGGCCCGACCGACGACGAUUUCCCGCGUGUAGGAAAGAGGCAGUCUCCUUUCGGUACCAAGAAGCUUCCUUCAGCCGAAGGUCUUCGCGACAUUCUACUCAACGAACUUGAGGCGGAGGAGGGAGGGCCAGUUUACUUCCCGCCGCCGUGGUCGGAAGAUGAAGGAAUCGAUAUGAGUGCUGAGGAUGCAGCGGCAGUGCUUAUCAACAAUAUCACCGAUCCCGAUUACCAGGCUGAUGGGCUGAUUCCGAACCUGCCUUGCCCCACGAUAGACGACCUGUGCCACGAUGGCAAAGAGCAGGGGACUAACGUCCUCUACGAGACAUAUACGACUUGCUCUGUACUUUCUAGCAACACUCUACUGCCCCUCCAGCACCACAAUGAAACUACGAGCUUCUCCACUCUAUUGACUGGUAGCAUCGUUUGGAUGAUAUGGCCGCCAACGGAACACAACCUCAGCACUUUGCAACAAGCAUACGAAGCGUUCGCCCAAGGCUUCGAUCCCGCUAAGCUGGACGUUGCACCCGAUCUAGUCGGCGGGGUGGCCUUCGUGCAGAGUGUGGGCGAAGGCAUGCGCAUUCCUUCAUUCUGUCCAAUGUUGGGCCUCGCGACGAAGACUUCAGUCCUCUCAACCUAUUCCAUAUUCACUGCCGAUGUCUUCGUCCCCAUGCUGCGCAGGAUACCGCUUCUCAAAGCGUGGUGGCAGACAGAGGUCAACGGCGAGGCGAAGCGACUCGACUUUGGUGCAGGCAUUUCCGACUGUUUGGCUCGCAUCCUCUCAGGCUCCUUCGACAAGUUCAACGCGCUGAAAGAUAGACAUGUCCCGGAGAACGGCCCACUUCACACCUCUCUGCUAGCUUGGGAUGAGGUAAAGGAUGACUUGGUCGGAAUUAUGGACGACGAGACUGCGAAAGCGACGAGGAAGACGUGGACGGAAUUCCUGAUUGCGGUUAUCGGAAGGAACUGCGCAAUCUGCGGGAAGAGCACGCAGAGCAAGAAGCGCGAAAUGGGCAAGCAUUUUGAUGGUGCACACUGGCCGAAGCAGCAGAACGCGGCUAAGCGGGUAGAUUCUAUGGAGCUCGACCAGGUCGACGAGGAUGGAGAUAAUGCUAUGGUAAUCGUGGAAACGGAAUAGGGUCACGGUGAUCCGACAGAACUGGUCAAUAUGUGGUUAAAGCUAGAAAGAGCAAAUCCACGAGGAAAAAGUGGCGGCUUGUCUUCAGCAUCUCAGGAGCUCAUCGGAUGUCUCUUUGGUCUGGUCCAUGUUCCUUUCUUCAUUGACAAAUCUGCUCAAAAGAGGAUUGCCCUGACUUUUUGGUUCGCGGUGUUCAAGGCCUGGGGUUAGAUCCG